AUGUACUACUAUUACAACAUGCUGAGUGCCAAGUACCGGGAGUUUAUGACUCCGUCAAAAUACGAAACCCUCACGGAGAUUAUCAACACCGCCCGGGAGCGGGAAAUCGAGUUAAAGAAACAAGUUAAAAGGGGUCAACGAAGGGCACAAGAUGUGAAUCCAAGCCCUACAAAGAAAGCUAGAACUGCUGAAUCGGGGAAGAAGGUGGAGACUAAAGGCGGGUUGCCAAGCUGUAAAGUAUGUGGAAAGGGGCACAAGGGUGAGUGCCGCUUCAAAGACAAGCCGUGUCCGGUAUGUAGGAAGACGGGGCACACUGCAUCGCUAUGUCCCGGAAAUGUUUCCGUUUGUUACAAGUGUUAUCAACCUGGUCACAAGAAAUCUGAAUGCCCCGAGUUGGUGGGAAAGAGAGACACAAAAGAGUCUCCAGCAAAAGCUCCCAAAGCGAAGGCUAGGUCCUUCCAACUUAGCGCGGCUGAAGCGAAAACAGAACCCGAUGUGCUCUCAGAUGUCAAUGGCUUAAAACGUAAGCUCUUGAGAAAACUAUCUGCCGAUGAUGAUAACCAUCGAACUAAUUGGGAGGUUGGUGAAUGCAUUGGAUCAUGGUGGAAAUCCGACUUAGAAACACUACCUUACGAUAUGCCUUCAAGUGGCAAAAUCCCCAAGGAGUGCACUAAACUCUACCUUGUGAAGUUACCAUCAAAUCGAGACAUCAUCGUGCCUGAAAAUUUCAAGUUAUUAGCUAUUCCAAUAUGCCAACUUCAUGAAAAUCGCAAGGUAUUAGAUCUUGAAACGUGA